AAGGGGGCCCGCUCUCCGGCCAUGCGGCGGGGCGAGGUCCCCACGUGGCACCUCCUGAGGGGGCUCGCGUGAUGGAAGAAAAUACGAGUCCGGCAACUACACUUAUCAGCAGCUCUGUGGCGGGGCACGACUGCUGUGGAGGCCUCGGCAAUAUCGACCUCAGGCAGGCAAAUUUCUUCGUUAUGAGCUGGCUGCUGGGAUACGUGGACCCCACAGAGCCCAGCUUUGUGGCAGCUGUGCUCACCAUUGUGUUCAACCCACUCUUCUGGAAUGUGGUAGCAAGGUGGGAGCAGAGAACUCGCAAGUUGAGCAGAGCCUUCGGGUCCCCCUACCUAGCCUGCUAUUCCCUGGGCAGCAUCAUCCUGCUUCUGAACAUCCUCCGCUCCCACUGCUUCACACAGGCCAUGAUGAGCCAGCCCAAGAUGGAGAGCCUGGAUAACCACGCCACCUACUUCCUGGGCCUUGCACUCCUGGGCUGGGGACUCGUGUUUGUGCUGUCCAGCUUCUAUGCACUGGGGUUCACUGGGACCUUUCUAGGUGACUACUUUGGGAUCCUCAAGGAGUCCAGAGUGAGCUCGUUCCCCUUCAGCGUGCUGGACAACCCCAUGUACUGGGGGAGCACAGCCAACUACCUAGGCUGGGCGCUUAUGCACGCCAGUCCCACAGGCCUGCUGUUGACGGUGCUGGUGGCACUUGUCUACGUGGUUGCUCUCCUGUAUGAAGAGCCCUUCACUGCUGAAAUCUACCGACAGAAAGCCUCCAGGUUGCACAAAAGGAGCUGACAGGGCCAUGAGGGAUCUUUGCAAAGCCGAACUGGCCUCCCGGCUGCCCCAAGCAACAACCCUUCUUGCGGAGAGCAGCACUGGCCACUGUACCUGUGCCUUGGAAACCAGUCAUGGGGGCCUCAGGCAUUCUGCUGUGUGACUGCUGAGGCCCCCAUCCCCACCAUGCCCCAACACACUAAUAAAGGCAUUGUGACCUCAGCA